AACGACCGUACCCAUCAUGUAGCGAAACGACUCCACCCAUGUAGCGAAACGACCUACCAUGUAACGAAACGACCGCCACAUGUAGCGAAACGACUGGUAGCGAACUGGCAAUGUAGCGAAACGACAGUAAACCGGCUGCGAUCAUCAUGCAUGUCAUGAGCAGGGCUGUCUGCUAAAAGUAGAUUAUUUUCUCCAUAUUUUGGCAUCAUACGACCAAUUUCAAACACUCCAGAACAUAUUUUCGAAUCAAAACUAUAGAACACUUGCCGUAGUAACUUCUAGACUUGGAAAUGGCCGACCUGACCAGUGCAGAGGAAGAAACGGAGUUGAAGGAUCUGCUCAAAAUGCUGAAAGAGGAACCAGGUUUUCUGCAAUGCAAAAAUUGGCCAACAGAAAAGGCGUUGAGAACUUUCAGGAGGUUGAUGAGCACUGCAGAAAGUUGUGAAAAGAUUAAAGUUGUGAAACAGUUGACUGAUAUUGUCCAGGAAAGGGAUUGGGAUGCUUUAUUUCUCUCUGUGGAAGCCAAACAUUGGGUGAUUUUCAUUUUAGAUUUAGCGGAAUGGACGCGGGUGAAGCAGUUCAAGAAUAGGGAAGAUCAGGAAUACGGCAAGAGGGAUUUCGAGGGUGCACAAGAAAGACUUUUACUGUUCUUGAGAAUUAUUGAUACAGUACUUAAAAAGUUACACCUCUUCUGCACAGAAAAGUGUGUAACUUCAGUUUGUAUGACCCAUGAAAAAGAACGACAGGUGAUUGAUUCAUAUGAACUGAUGCUAAAGGAAAGAACUGAUUAUGCCGAAGAGAUUAUAAAAGCUGCCAUAGUUGAUAUCAUGUUGAUUUGUUUCACAUCAAUGGAACAAACUCUUUGGACAAAAAAUGACUGUGUUGACUGUACAAAAUCUGUCAUGAAGGUUCUUCUGGAGAUGACAGGGUGUCGGUUUGUAAAAGACAUUCUGUGUGGAACGACUGAAUACUUUGAAUGUAAGCUGUUUCCUAAAGGCAUAUACAGUCAGUUGCUAUCCAGAAUGCAGCCGCACUUGACAAAGGAGCUUUGGAAAAGAAAUCCUGCGACGACUGAAGCAUUCUGUCAAAGUCUGCUUCAUGUUCAAAUGCCUGAACUUGGUGGAUACCUUGAUCAUAUUUUUCCUCUUGUCCUGCUCCUGAUAGAUGACUACAUGACUACCAACAAGCUGAUGGGUCUCAAAUGUCUUGAACAUCUUAUCAAGAAUACUAGUUCUGCUGAGCUGAAGUGGUAUGGCCGUGUUGAUGUCCUCUACGAUGCACUUUUCCAACAGUUGUAUUCCAAAGAAACUCCAGUGAUUGAGAUCACUUUGCCUUGUCUGUUGGCUGUUCUAAAGAUCGCUGAAGUAUCACCCUUAAAAACUGAUCAACCAAGGGUGUAUGGCAGGUAUGACAAAGUCUUCGUUCAAGUUUUGACAAAUAUGGAGAUGGAAAACCUGUUGGUCCUGAGACAAGCUUACACCAAGUGCUUACCAAGCUUUUUGGAGGCAAUGGGAAUAACUGUUGUGCGUCACAGUAGGCGAUUGCUUCGGGUCUUUGAGAGUUUCUUGGAACAAUACGACAGUCAAGUAGAAACUGCUCAACAGAACAUUCUGAAAACGAUGAUAGUAUACAUUCAAGAGACUUGGCCUCGAAUAUCCUGUCACUGUGAACAAAUUCUGAAAUGUGUUUUGAAAUUUGUGUAUGACAUAUCGGUGGAUGAGACAAUGACCUGUCAAGAUGUUAAAGAUGGCCUCCUAGCAGAGGCAACUAAGUGUCUCAUUAUCUUGAAACGGGCUUGCAGCAAAGAAGUUAUGGAGCUUCUUGAACCAAUGAAAGGUGACAAUUUCAAUGUGAUCUUUGAUGGAUGUGUCAGAGAAAUUCUUGAGUCACAAUGAACUAAAAAUGUCUUCCAUGUAACUGAAUUAAAACACCUUUCAUCUGUGCGAAA